UGGGUGUCUGCUGCGCCGUUCCCACAGCUGGCGGCUCUGCGGUCCGCGGAGCGCCCCGCGGCCGCGGAGCGGCCUCUGGUUUGUCAGUGAGCACGUGAAAGGAAAGCCUGGUGGCUUUGUCCUGGGGAACAGUGCCUGCCCAGUGCAUCUGCCUCCGGCCACAGAGGAUGUGAUGGAGCUGCUUGAAGAAGAUCUCACAUGCCCAAUUUGUUGCAGUCUCUUUGAUGAUCCUCGAGUUUUGCCUUGCUCACACAACUUCUGCAAAAAAUGCUUAGAAGGUCUCUUAGAGGGAAAUGUGCGGAAUUCAUUGUGGAGACCAUCCCCAUUCAAGUGCCCUACGUGCCGUAAGGAAACUUCAGCUGCGGGAGUUAAUAGCCUGCAGGUUAAUUACUCCCUGAAGGGUAUUGUGGAGAAGUAUAACAAAAUCAAGAUCUCUCCCAAAAUGCCAGUGUGCAAAGGACACUUGGGGCAGCCUCUCAAUAUUUUCUGCCUAACUGAUAUGCAGCUCAUCUGUGGGAUCUGUGCGACUCGUGGUGACCACACCAAGCAUGUCUUCUGUUCCAUUGAAGAUGCCUAUACUCAGGAAAGGGAUGCCUUUGAGUCCCUCUUCCAGAGUUUUGAGACCUGGCGUCGAGGAGAUGCUCUUUCUCGCUUGGAUACCUUGGAAACUAGCAAGAGGAAAUCCCUACAGUUACUGACUAAAGAUUCAGAUAAAGUGAAGGAGUUUUUUGAGAAGUUACAACACACAUUGGAUCAAAAGAAGAAUGAAAUCCUGUCUGACUUUGAGACCAUGAAACUUGCAGUUAUGCAAGCCUAUGAUCCAGAGAUCAACAAACUCAACACCAUUUUGCAGGAACAACGAAUGGCCUUUAACAUUGCCGAGGCUUUCAAAGAUGUGUCAGAACCCAUUAUAUUUCUGCAACAGAUGCAAGAGUUCAGGGAGAAGAUCAAAGUAAUCAAAGAAACUCCUUUGCCUCCCUCUAAUUUGCCCACAAGCCCUUUAUUGAAGAACUUUGACACUAGUCAGUGGGAGGAUAUAAAACUAGUAGAUGUGGAUAAACUUUCUCUACCUCAGGACACUGGCACAUUCAUUAGCAAGAUACCCUGGAUCUUCUAUCAGUUAUUUGUGGUAGUCCUAAUGCUUGGACUCCUCAUUUUCUUUGGGCCUACCCUUUUCCUAGAAUGGUCCUUACUUGAUGAAUUGGCAACUUGGAAAGACCAUCUUUCAAACUUCAGUUCUUACCUUACUAAAUCAUCUGUUUUUAUAGAACAGUCAGUUUUUUAUUGGGAACAAAUGACUGAUGGGUUUUUCAUUUUCAGUGAAAGAGUCAAGAAUUUUACAUUGGUGGUACUGAACAAUGUGGCAGAAUUUGUGUGCAAAUAUAAACUAUUAUAAAAUCUGUA